AUGCUCUGCACCCCUCCAUACAGCUUACUCCCCAAACAAAUCAAAAGUCCAGAUGAGGCCUUGCUGUCAGUGAGGGCUGAAGGCAAGGAACUUCUCCUUUCCCUGCAGAAAAACCGUUGGCUGCUGGCUGAGGGUUACACGGAAACCCACUAUGAUCCAGAUGGGAAGGCGGUGACUUCGGCCCCCAACCAUACGGACCACUGCUACUACCAUGGCCAUGUGCGGGGAUUCCCGGACUCCUGGGUUGCCCUCAGCUCCUGCUCCGGGAUCAGCGGGCUGAUAGUACUCAGCGCCAACCGCAGCUACUACGUGCAGCCUCCUCGGACUUCUGCGUUCGGACCGCCCGGCCCCCACCGCCUCUUCCGGACCGAGCAGCUGCCCAGAAAGGAUGGGACCUGUAGCCACGGGCUCCCUGGGGCCUUAAACCUGGCCAGCCUUCUCCACCGACGUGGACGUCGGGGACCCAGGGUGAGACGCGACUCGAGGCGGGCCCUGAAGUACCUGGAGCUCUUCAUUGUGGCAGACCAUGCUUUGUACCUGAGGCAGGAGAGGGAUCUGGGUCGCACCAAGCAGCGACUGCUCGAGAUAGCCAACUAUGUGGACAAGUUUUACAGGUCCCUCAACAUCAAGGUAGCGCUGACCGGCCUAGAGGUGUGGACCGAGCGAGACCAGAGCCGCGUCACAGGAGAUGCCAACGCCACGCUUUGGGCUUUCCUGCAGUGGCGUCGAGGGCUGCGGUCCAGGCGGCCCCACGACACCGCCCAGCUUCUCACGGGUCGCACCUUUCACGGUACCACCAUUGGCAUGGCGCCCCUGGAGGGCAUGUGCAGCGCUGAUAACUCUGGAGGAGUGAGCGCGGACCACUCAGAUUUGCCCAUUGGUGCAGCCGCUACCAUGGCUCAUGAGAUCGGCCACAGUUUUGGGAUGAGCCACGAUGCUGAUGGUUGCUGUGAAGAGGCCUUGCCUGAGGAGGGGGGCUGUGUGAUGGCAGCAGCCACUGGACACCCGUUUCCACAAGUGUUCAGUUCCUGUAGCCGACAGCAGCUGCUCAACUUCUUCCAAAAGGGAGGGGGAAUGUGCCUCUUCAACCCUCCUGACCCUCGGUUGCUGGUCUUGGGAGGCCGCUGUGGGAACGGCUUCUUGGAAGAUGGCGAGGAGUGUGAUUGUGGGGACGUUGAGGAGUGCACUGAUCCCUGCUGCCAUGCUCAUAACUGCACCCUUCGGGAGGGAGCCCAGUGUGCUCAGGGGGACUGCUGUGCCCAUUGCUCGCUGAAGCCUGCUGGGACAUUGUGCCGAGAAGGAGCUGGGGACUGUGACCUGCCUGAAUUCUGCACUGGAGCCUCUCCCCACUGUCCAGCCAAUGUCUACCUCCUUGAUGGCUCCCCGUGUGCUGGGGGCACUGCUUACUGCCGAGAUGGCAUGUGUCCCACCCAUGAGGGGCAGUGCCAACAACUCUGGGGGCCUGGUGCCCACCCAGCCCCUGAUGCCUGCUUCCAAGAUGUGAACUCAGCUGGGGAUCGAUAUGGGAACUGUGGCCAGGACAGUGAAGGCCACUAUGUCCCGUGUGAUCGGAGAGAUGCCAAGUGUGGAAAGCUCCAGUGCCAGAGUGGGGCAGACAAGCCCAGAGGACCACACACUGUUUCCAUGGAGACCACCAUCCGUCUGGGUGGCAGGGAGGUGACAUGCAGAGGAGCUUUCAUGUACCGUGUACCCCGACCUGAUUCCUCAGCUGACUUGCCAGACCCUGGUCUUGUGCUGCCUGGUACUAAGUGUGGAGAUGGCAUGGUGUGUCAUGAUCGGAGAUGCCAGAAUGCCUCUUUCCCUGACCUUCAGAGGUGCCUAGACACAUGCCAUGGCCAUGGGGUUUGUAACAGCAAUAAGAACUGCCACUGUGAUGCAGGCUGGGCCCCCCCAACCUGUGAGAAACCAGGGCUGGGGGGCAGCGUGGAUAGUGGUCCUGUGCAGUAUGACAACCACGAUGCCACUCUAUUGGCCCUGCUUCUCGUCUUCAUCCUAUUACUGCUUCCCAGUGCUGGGCUGGCUCUAUACUACUACCGUUCCCCAAACUCUCUGCUGUACCAGAGCCUUCGAGGGCUGAGAAAAGGACAAGAGAGCUGCCGCCACCGCUCAAAGGUCACCAAAAGUUCCAGGAGUGGGGCCCAAUCGGGCUUAACUUUGCAGAACCUACCCCUUCGCCAGCCUCUUCGCCCUGCCCCGGGGGUGUCUCCCCAAGGAGUUCGGGGGCCUCUUUCCCCGAAAUCCGGACUCUCCCAGCCUGGCUCCCAGCCAGUCAACGUGGUACGGCCCCUGCGCCCCGGUCCUUCGAAACCCCGAGACUCCAGACCUGCACGGCCACCACCACCUCUGAGCCACUCUCCCCGGCCUGGCUUGCCCCGAAAGGACCCAGGAGACCGAGGAGAUGGAACCGGCCGCCUGUUGCCUCCCAAGAGACCCCUGCCGGUCAACCCGGCCCGCAGCCCUAAGGAUCCCUUGAAAAAGGACCCUCCGAGCCGGCCCCUGCCCGGGGACCCAGUGCUGGUCAAACAGCCCCUGCGAGGUCCCCGCCUCCUGGUCAUGGUGCCACCCAGUCCUGCUCGCUCCCCGCGGCCCAGCCCGGGGAGAGGCCCCCUACCGUUGAAGAAAUGACCAGAUCGGGUCCGCCCGGGAGCUGCUGCCCUGAGGGCAAGGGCGGAAGACCUGCCGCCUCCAGGUGUGCCGGACCGUUGGGGACGAGCAAUCUACGCCUCUCUUCGUGCCUCAACUACGCACCGGCGCCUGGACUUGGGCGAAGAUGCUUUUAUUAGCUGCCCGGGGGCGGGAAGGGCGGGGGAGGGGAAUGGGCUCCGAACACUCGGACGCCUGCCACCCUUCUCCCGGUGUGACCCCAGGUGGGUCGCCAUCUCUUGGACCUGGGUUUGAGGGACAAAACCAUACUUGUUACCAACCUACCUCAGAAACGGUCAGAGUCAGCCCAGUGGCCAGCCAGGUGGACAGGACUGGGACUAAGGAGCUUGGGGGAGGGGUGGGGGGCGGGAUUUAAAGGAGACACUGAUGUGUAUUAACACAAGACGUUUACAUGGAUCUGCCUCUGUUUCCCCUUCUUACCAUCGGCCAUAGUUGUGGGAGGAGGAGCGAGGCCUCGAGUUUUCCUUCCGCCGUAAUCCCAGUCUGGGCCCCACCUAUCUCCUUAGAAAAAAAACUCGUACUUUCUUCUAUCUGGAUGGAAAUCAGAAAGAGGGGGAAAUGAGAGGGGCGCCUACACCAAGUCAGACCACCAGGGGGCGGCGUGGACCCAUUGUGUGUACCGGUAUUGAAUUAUUAUAUAGGCAGCUCUAUCAUAGGAUUUAGAGUUGGGACGUUCAUUUUGAACUAUUACAGAAAUGGGAACUGAAAAGAAGCAAGCGGAGGGACUUAUGCAAGGUCACCCAGUUA